AUGCGCCAAACUCUUCGCCGAUCCUGUACUGCAUGUGCCAAAUCAAAACAUAGUUGCGACCUCCGCACGCCACGCUGUUCUCGCUGUCUCAAGCGCAAUGUCCAGUGCAACUAUGCGAAUGAGCCUUUGACGGCGUUGCCGGCAGCUCCCGGGCGGGGGGAUGGCGGAUCAUCAAGACCCCUCGAUGGAUCCGGCACUUUAACCGCCUACAGAUUUGGAUCUCUCGAUCCUUUCGAUUCAUAUCCGCAGACGAGACUUCCCCGGGAACGCGUACAGCGUCUCAUUUACAGCUUUAUCCACAAGAUUGCCUUUCAAUAUUAUCCGCUCGACCUAAAUCCAACGACAAAUCCAUUUCUCAUCUCUUGGUGGCCACUUGCUCUGGGCGACCCGGCACUAUUUCAUGUCUCGCUCCAGACAGCAUGUCUUGACGAGGAGUUGCUGGCCCAGAAGGGCUUUCAAACCUCGGAACUUCUCAUGGCCGACUCUGUCUCGUUACUCAGACGCAAAGUUGAAGACACGUCGCUGGCGGUACAAGAUGGAACUAUGAACUCUGUAAUCACCUUGGCAGCUAUUGAAUUUGGCAAGGGUAAUAUCAACGUCAGCCAAAUGCAUGUUGACGGAGCAAUAAGACUAGUCAACAUGCGAGGUGGUAUCAAUUCAGUGAGGCAAACCAGCCCGCUUACUGCGAGGAUGAUUAGCUGGGUAUCGAUGAUCGUAAUGGGCCACCCUCAAUUCGAGGCCCAAGAUGAUGUCGGAAUUGGAGACGGCAUACCGCCUAUUCCAGAAUGGCAGUUGGACCCUACCGCCCAUUAUGAUGAUCCGUCAGACCUCAUAAGUAUGGAUGUCGAUUACGCAGUCAGGAAUGUCUUUAUCCGUCUUCGCAGUGCCUUCCAGCAGGCGCAACGGAUACAUUUCCCAACCACAAGACUUCACGACCUCACUUGCUUUGUCAUACACCGACUUCUACUUACAGCACCGGGUACGGAAAGCCCUCAGUCGUCAUCGAUCACCGAAUGCAUCCGCUACGCAAUCAUCCUAUACAUGUUCAUCAUUCACGGGCCAACGUAUUACUCACAUGCCGCCAUGAUGAAUAGCAUUGUCAUCCGAUUCAUAGACCAACUCAUGCAACUCGAAUCAACUCCUCGUGUGUAUGGUUCGCUUGAUGCCUGGCUUCUUGCAAUUGGCAUGGUAGCCUCAACUGGCACACCCGAUUAUCAGUGGUUUGUAGAGAGAGCGCAUACCAUGAUUGUUUCUCUACAGAUGAGUAAUUGGAACGACGUUCUUGUCCGCAUCAAGUGUAUCCUGUGGAUGGAGACCCUGCAGGGCGAAGAUUUCUUUCGGCCUCACUGGGACACUAUCUUCAGUACCAUGAGUCAUCCCGGCACCUGUACUUCACCAGGUAGCACUGGAGGAGAGCCUUUAUGUAUCUCGCCCACUAGCGUGGUACCGAAAAAUUCAGAACCGGUCAGUGCAGACGGAAGGUCAUUGGACAUGGAUGUGACAUCGCCUUGA